AGAGCGACGAACACUUGACUGACGUGCCCGUGAAGAAAGCUACUUACUGUAGCUAAGAUGGCGGUGGCAGUGGGAUCUUUGCAAGCCCAGCUUGAGAAAGCUAAAGAGAGUUUGAAAAAUGUAGACGAUAAUAUUCGUAAAUUAACUGGUCGGGAUCCUAAUGAAUUGAGGUAUGACAAAAAAGCAUUUUAAAACGUAAAUUGUAUAAAAAAUGUCAGCAUUCGUUCGUCCUCUAGCUAACUAUGCUGAAUAGCUACAAAUACCAAUCCCACGACAAAAAUGGAAUCUCCCAUUCUCGUGCAUAACCAGCUAGCCGCGUGCCUGUGCUGUUGAAUGAAUCGGCCUUGUGCUAGUUGGCUAGCUAGCUGCAAGUACAAAUACUUAUGCAAUAACUAGAGUUAGGUAACUAACGUUAGUGUUUUUACUUAGCUAUGUCCAUUCGUUAUUGUUAAACUGAUAAAGUUAGCGAGUUGGCUAGCUACUCCGUCUGCUUGCCAGUGUCGUUUGGCUGGCUAGUUUCGAUUCAGUUUCAUGUCCAGGCUAGUCAGAGAAACUAACGUUUCUUGAAGUAGUUAGCUAUGCCACAUUGAUUUAUGUUUGCUUUUCUUUAUUCUUACUGGAUUUACACCCACCUAUGUAACGUUAGCUACGUUUUUCUAAAAACAAUUAGUUACAACUAGCUCUGGUCGAUCUAUGUUAACGUUUCAGCUAAAUGUAUGUCAUUUCUCUGCUUUCCUUACAGACCGGGCCAAGUUAGACGGCCAACCAUCCCAGGUGUUGGAGGAGGUAGGGGGCGAGGAAUCAACUUGUUGAGGUAAAACAAAUGUCCUAUUAGGCUUUCUCUCCAACAGUAUGUGUGAUGUUUGUAUGUCUUUGAGCUUUAUGUUAUAUUUGUCUGCAGACGUGGACUCUCCGACAUCGGCGGUGGACCGGGAGGACCCCCAGUGAAACAGAGGGAUAUUGAAGGGGCCCUCCUGAGGUAAGAGUAAUCUAGAGAUCUGGCCCAUUUCCAGAGGAGAGUAGGCAAAUUAAAACAUGACAUUGUCAGAACAUAUCAUUAUUAAAAGUAAAUAUCCUUUAUAAAUCACACUGGCUAUGCAGGGAGGUUGGGUCAGGUUUUCUUUCAAUUGCAUAAUCUCCAUACUCUGCCUGUCCACUGUCUUGAGCUUGCGCUCUCGCUUGCAACAAUUUAUCAACUGGUACUGGCUCGCAGUGUUUUAGGACAUCUUGCUAGAUUAAUAUCCCUAAAAGACAAUUUACAGAAAUCUCAUAAGUCCUCUAAGGAGAUUAAGUAAUUUUUGCAUCCCUCAACCUCUGUCUGGUUGAGUAGUUAGCAAAACAAUUCUAAAACCACUGCAAAUCAGCUAGCUACUAGUUACCGUACACAGGAUGGCUGCACAGACAAGUGAAACUAAUAAAUCGACACCAAGGAUAUUGACAUGCCAGAUAGACAGAGGGAGACGUGUAUUGUGCAAGAACCCAACGUUCACUUGGUAGGCUGUCAUUAUUUGUUGCAUAAUUAUUGCAGUCACUUCCAUAUGGUGUAAAUGAAUCGGCAGUGGGCACUCCUAAAAAGGCAUUGCGCUACACCUGGUGGCAUUCAAAUGGGUUUCUAUUUGAUGUGGCCGGUAAAUAACAUAUUUGUUCCUCGUGUCUGUAUAGGCUGGCCGGUGACCAGCGAGGGAGGAGAGAUUCACGCCAUGACAGCGACGCUGAGGAUGAUGACGAUGUCAAAAAGGUAGACCAUCAUUAUACACUCAAUGUCUGAAUGAAUGUUUUGCCUCAAUGUUUUAAAAGCAACUCUCCACUUGCCUUUGUCCAAACACAGCCAGUGUUGCAGUCAUCAGUAGUAGCUACCUCCAAGGAGCGUACGCGUCGAGACCUUAUCCAGGAUCAAACCAUGGAUGAGAGGGGAAAACAAAGGUAACAUGUAAUUAUACAUGCGUAGGGAAAUAAUGGUCUUUAGUUUGUUUAUCUCCACGAAAUCAUGUAAAUGUUAUUCAUUGUGUUUGUUUUGUCCUUUUUCCCUAUAGGAAUCGACGCAUGUUUGGCCUGUUGAUGGGAACAUUACAGAAAUUCAAGCAGGAAUCUAAUGUGGCAACGGAUAGGGUAGGAAUAUCCCUUUACUUUAACACUGGUGAACUAGUGCUCUAAUACAGCAAAUGCAUGAAAAGUAUGAAAAAUGUGCUAAAUGACUAAAAUGUAAAAGUCGCCUUACAGAAUUAGCCUUCGAGCUAGCUUGGUGAAAAUAAUUCCAGCCGUUAGGCUAUAGUUUGGAAUAUUUGCCAAUGGGAAAUUGUGUGUAUGUAUGUACACUACCGUUCAAAAGUUUGGGGUCACUUAGACAUUUCCUUGUUUUCGAAAGAAAAGCAAUUUUUUUGUCCAUUAAAAUAACAUCAAAUUGAUCAGAAAUACAGUGUAGACAUUGUUAAUGUUGUAAAUGGCUAUUGUAGCUGGAAAUGGCAGAUUUUUUAUGGAAUAUCUACAUAGGUGUACAGAGGCCCAUUAUCAGCAACCAGCAGUCCUGUGUUCCAAUGUCACAUUGUGUUUGCUAAUCCAAGUUUAUCAUUUUAAAAGGCUAAUUGAUCAUUAGAAAAGCCUUUUGCAAUUAUGUUAGCACAGCUGAAAACUGUUGUGCUGAUUUAAAGAAGCAAUAAAACUGGCCGCCUUGAGACUAGUUGAGUAUCUGGAGCAUCAGCAAUUGUGGGUUCGAUUACAGGCUCAAAAUGGCCAGAAACAAAGAACUUUCUUCUGAAACCUGUCAGCCUAUUCUUGUUCUGAAGGCUAUUCCAUGCGAGAAAUUGCCAAGAAACUGAAGAUCUCGUACAACGCUGUGUACUACUCCCUUCACAGAACAGCGCAAACUAGCUCUAACCAGAAUAGAAAGAGGAGUGGGAGGCCCCGGUGCACAACUGAGCAAGAGGACAAAUACAUUAGUGUCUAGUUUGAGAAACAGACGCCUCACAGGUCCUCAACUGGCAGCUUCAUUAAAUAGUACCCGCAAAACACCAGUCUCAACGUCAACAGUGAAGAGGCGACUCCGGGAUGCUGACCUUCUAGGCAGAGUUGCAAAGAAAAAUCCAUAUCUCAGACUGGCCAAUAAAAUAUUAAGAUGGGCAAAAGAACAGACACUGGACAGAGGAAGAUUGGAAAAAAGUGUUAUGGACAGACAAAUCUAAGUUUGAGGUGUUCGGAUCACAAAUAACAUUUGUGAGACGCAGACCAAAUGAAAAGAUGCUGGAGGAAUGUUUGAUGCCAUCUGUCAAGUAUGGUGGAGGCAAUGUGAUGGUCUGAGGGUGCUUUGGUGUUGGUAAAGUGGGAGAUUUGUACAGGGUAAAAGGGAUCUUGAAGAAGGAAGGCUAUCACUCCAUUUUGCAACGCCAUGCCAUACCCUGUGGACGGCGCUUGAUUGGAGCCAAUUUCCUCCUACAACAGGUCAAUGACCCAAAGCACAGCUCCAAACUAUGCAAUAACUAUUUAGGGAACAAGCAGUCAGCUGGUAUUCUGUCUAUAAUGGAGUGGCCAGCACAGUCACUGGAUCUCAGCCCUAUUGAGCUGUUGUGGGAGCAGCUUGACCGUAUGGUAUGUAAGAAGUGCCAUUAUUUCAAUUAAAAAUCAUUAUUUCUAACCUUGUCAAUGACUACAUUUCCUAUUCAAACUAAUUUCAUGUAUGUUUUCCUGGAAAACAAGGACAUUUCUAAGUGACCCCAAACUUUUGAACGGUAGUGUAUGUAUAUACGUAUGUGUAUAUAAAAAAAGUAUCUCUUCUCAGCAAAAGAAACGGAUUGAGAUUGAACAAAAAUUGGAAGUUCAAGCUGAACAAGAGCGCAAAAAAGUAGAGGGUGAAAGACGAGAGCUCUUUGAGGAGAGGCGUGCCAAACAGACAGAGCUGAGACUGUUGGAACAGAAAGUGGAGCUUGCUCAGUUGGUAAGGACCUUUUUUGAAACUUUAAAGCAAUAUUCAACCUCAUUGGUUGUGCUGGUGCCAAAAAAAACCAAAUGUUUAACCUGUAAUAACAUUGCACUGAGGUGAAAUGAAACCCUUGUGUGUGACAGUUUCCCCCAUAUGUAGAUGGGAAGAUUGCAUGCUCAUUCACAUUUUUGUAUUCUAGCAAGAGGAGUGGAAUGUGCACAACACAAAAAUUGUCAAGUACAUCCGCACAAAGACCAAGCCACCCAUCUUCUUUCUCCCUGGGAGGAUGUGCUCAGCCACUCAGAAGCUCUUAGAUGAGUCUCAGAAAAAAAUGAAUGGUAAGCAAUUGUGCAAUUAGCCAAAUUCUUCUGCCCUCCAACAAGUAGCCAUAAUACACUUCCUAUCCUUGGUGUGCAUUGUGGUGUUACUGAAUCUGUUUUAUUUGAUCACUUUUUCCAGUUAUGUUUGAGGAGAGACGUGAGGCAUUUGCUGAGCAUCUGAAUAAGAUGGAGGCUCGGCCUCGGCGCCAGUCUCAGAAGGACAACGCUCUGGGUAAGGACCUGAAGAAAGAAGAUCGAGAGGAGGGUAAGCCCACGGGUCAGGUAGUCAAAGUGACAGGUAACCGGUUUGAUGUGGAGAUGGAGGAGGAAGACGAGGCAACAAUAGAGGAGGAAAAGAAGGAAGAGGGGGUUGAGCGUAAGGAGGACAGAAAGAAAAAGCCAGUAGAGAAAGUCGGGGAGCAGGAGUCUAAGAAGGGGGGGACUAAAGCAGAUGAGAUGGAAGAGGCUGAGGAAGACAGUCAAGACACUAGAAUAGUGGAGUUCAGAGAGGUGGAGCAGAUGGAGGGUACUGCAGUAGUGAGGGAGGCUGAGGGGCAGGCCAGGGAUGGGGAUCAGAAGAUGGAGGAUAGUCCAGUGGAGGUAGGUAAUGAGAAGGGAGUAGAAGAGCAGCAACUGGUUAAGGUAGAAAAGGAAAAGGAGCCCCUUCACGAUCAGGACCCCACAGCUGUGUCAGACAACCAGGAGAAGAGCAUUGAAAUGCAACCAACCGAAGAUGAGGCACGUACAGAAGUGGCCACACCCCUGCUCUCAGAGCCCAACCCUAGUGUGGAAGUCUCUGAUGUAGCAUCUAUGGCCCCUGAGGUUCAGAUCCCCCUGCUGGAUGCUGGAACGGAGCCAGAGCUGCUCACAACAAAGCAGAGCCAAGAGGCUGAUCAAGGUGCCAUAAAGCAGACCACUGAUGCCCAGCCCGCCCAGGCCCAGGAUGAUGCGGCUCCCAAGGAACAGGUGCUGCCGAGCGAGGAAGCCAGCAGGGGACGUAAAAAGUCAAAGGACAAGAAGGGAGGUGGUGGUGGCAGAAGCAGCAGUAGCUCAUCUAGCAGCUCCUCCGGCUCCUCGUCCAGCGGGAGCUCCGGCUCGUCCUCUAGUGGCUCCUCCAGCAUGAGCAGCUCCUCCAGUGGCAGCUCCUCCUCCAGCUCCUCUAGCAGGAGUCGCAGCCGGGGGAAGAAGGACAAGAAGCGUAGGAGGCCGUCCGAGAGAGACAGGGAGAGGAAGAAGGCAGUAGUUGAGAGGAGCCACAAGUCGUCCAAGGGCAGUGGUCGGGAAUCUAAAGGUUCCAAAGAUAAGGGCUCCAAGUCUGACAGGAAGAGGACCACCUCUGAAGGCAGCCGGUCAGGGAAGAGGCCUUCUCGCGGUGACCGGGAUCGCAAGUCAGAUAGGAAGGAAAAAAGGCGUUAAAGUUGAGUUAGUUCUGCUGUCAUGUCAUGCUUAGUUUUAUUUCUACUUUUGAUAAAUACAUUUUCAAAACUGAGAUGUUUGAUUUCCUUUAAUGCAAUUCUCCAGAAGAGAAGCUAAACUGCCUUAGUGUAUUUUCUUGGCACAAUGUGGGUUUUUAAUCAUCAAAGCUUUUUCUCUAGUCACCAGUCAGUUUUGUCGUAGUCCUGCCGCUCCGGUUUCUGGACUUCUUUUACCUCGAUUUUUAUUUUAUUAGACUUUUCUAUUGCCUGCUUUUACUGUAAUUGAUGAAUCAAGUUGACAUUUUCUCCCCCAUAAAUGUGGUCUUUAAUUGUUCUAAAGCAUAGGAGCAAUGAGAAGAGGGUGUGUUGCAUACUGGUGUAUUCUCUGAAUCCAGUGUUGUAAUGGUAGACGGUAGUAGUUGUGCAUUUUCAGUUGUGUAAUGUUGAACACUUGUAACUUACAGCUUUUUGAUCCAUAUAAAGCCAGUCUGACCAUGCACAAUGUCUAGCUCUGCGUUGUGCAAGACACUUGUUUUGGAAAGUAAUGUUAUUCUUUUUUUUGUCCAAAUGAAACCUAAGCAUCUUCAAUAAAAAUAAACUGGAGAUUA